AUUUUGAAAUUUUGGUGUCAAUGACCUAGACACAAAUGUGGUGGAGGCGCAUAAAAGAGAUAUUAUUUGUAAUUUUUUUAUUCUUAAGAACGGAAAUAGGGUGAAUAAAAGAAUUUGACCCACGUCGGUUUCAAUUUUUUUUUUUAACUUACCUACUUUUUUUAUUCCAAAAACACACAUAAAAUCACUUAUACAAAAAAAAAUACCUUGGCUCGGGUAUUUAAGUGCAAAUAACGACAAAAACAUUCAGUUUUAUCAAUGUAUUUGUCCCAAAAAUUGUCCAUAAACUGUUUUUUUUUAACUAAAAAUAUACAGACGGCGCAGUUUUAAUCGAAUUGGAUGAGAAAUCCUUCAGUCGCAAAAAAAUCUCAUUAAAUGGCUCACUAGUACCACCAGGGUUGGUGUUUUUGUCGACCUUGGUUACAAUUUGCUGAUUUUAUCGCCUCAUUUACGAAUUGUUAUCACAGUGCUAAUAGGACUUAUGGGAAAUAAACCCGCUUUCAAGAAAUUUUGUUCUAUUUGCUCACUCAGAGAGGGGGUACAUAAAGUAUAAAAAGAGUACAAUUACAUUACAUAAGUGACGAGACCGCAAAAACGUUGUUACCUUGUUAGUGAAGAAGGCCACUAGUCAAUGCUACAAUUGCAUCGUUUUCGAGUGUGACCAAACCUUUGUAUAAAUACCAAUUAGGAAUUCAGAAGACGUUGUUUGAUUCGCAUUUUGCGCCAAUUGACUCAAUGUGAAGUUGUGUUAAGUGUAGUGAAUCGGAUGAUUGGAGUGUGAUAGACCAAGACGAUAUGUUUAUAAACUGGCCGGAGAUUGUUAAAAGGGGAUUUCCGGUACUGACCUGGGGCAAAAAUUAUAGUCUGGAUGUUGCUAUUGCUGAUUUGGUGGCUGGGAUUACGAUAGGAUUAACAUUAAUUCCGCAAUGCAUUGCUUAUGCAUCCCUGGCGGGAUUAGGACCCGAGUAUGGGUUAUAUUCGUCUCUUUGUGGAGGGAUAAUCUACGUGGUUUUCGGGGCUGUCCCCGAAUUGAACAUCGCCCCCACGGCCCUCCUCUCCCUCCUCACCUUCACCUUCACAAACAACGCGUCUUUUGGGAAAGUCAAAGCCGCCAUUUUGCUUUGUUUCCUGUCGGGCAUCAUCGAACUGUUUUGUGGAAGCCUCCAUUUGGGUUUUUUGGUUGAUUUCGUGUCAACGCCGGUCGUUGCUGCGUUCACCUCGGCUGGCGCCUUGACCAUCGCCACUUCCCAAAUCAAGAAUUUGCUCGGUUUGAAUUUCUCGGCUGAUAGUUUUGUCGGCGUUUGGAGCAAAGUUUUCGGGCAUAUAACCGAGACGAAAAUGUGGGAUGCGAUUCUUGGGAUUGGGUGUUGCGUUGUUUUGUUGUUGUUGAGGAAAUUGAAGGAUUAUGGGAGUCCGCCUCUGGAUGACCACAAAGUGGUUUCAAGAGGGAAAAAAGUGAUUUGGUUUUGUUCAGUGGCGCGCAACGCCUUUGUGGUCAUUGCAUGCGCCGCCACUGCUUAUUUGUUCGACAGUCGCGGGGAAAAACCCUUUUCUCUCACUUCGAAAGUUCCUGAGGGACUCCCCUCUUUCACAAAUCCAGUGGCGGAAGUCCAACACGGCAACACCACAACCAGUGUCGUCGACAUGAUGAAGGAACUGGGGGCCGGCAUUUUCGCCGUCCCUUUCGUCGCCAUUUUAGGCAACGUUGCCAUAGCCAAAGCUUUCGCUAAAGGUAAAGUCAUUGAUGCCUCGCAAGAAAUGAUCGCAGUAGGCAUGUGCAAUUUGAUUGGUUCGUUUUUCGGAUCGUAUCCGGUAAAUGCGUCGUUUUCGAGGGCGGCUGUGAGUAAUGCGAGCGGUGUGAGAACGCCUUUAGCAGGGAUUUAUACAGGUGUAAUGGUGAUUUUAGCAUUGACGUUUCUAACACCGUAUUUUUCGUAUAUUCCAAAGCCGACUCUAGCAGCUGUCAUUAUUUGUGCUGUUAUUUUUAUGGUCGAAGUUACGUUAACAAAACUAAUAUGGCGAAUUAAUAAGAUCGAUUUAGUGCCAUUUUUUGUUACUUUAGUUUUUUGUUUGGUACUUGGGAUCGAAUUUGGAAUUUUGAUUGGUGUUUGCGUCGACAUAUUGUUUUUAUUGUACCGAACUGCAAGACCUAAAGUUGUUUUUGACUACAUUCAUAAUGAAAAUCAGACAAAUUAUGUCAAAAUAACCCCAACUUCCGCCAUUUUAUUCCCGUCAGUGGAAUACAUUCGAGAGAAAAUAAUGCAAAACAGUGAAAUACAAAAUGUCAAAUAUACAUUUCUCGUUUUUGACUGCCAGAGAGUCAAUAAACUUGAUUUUACAGCAGCUAAGUCUUUGUCUGCGCUACUCUCCGAUUUGAGCAAAAUGCAAAAACAGGUCAUUUUCUACCGGUCGCAGAAAGCCGUUGUCAAAAUUAUGACAAAAGUGACUGAAGGUGGCGUAAAAAUCGCCGAAACGGAGGAGAAUCUGUACGAAAUUUUGCAAGAGCAUGACAAGACGAGGAGGGAGAAUACUGUGAUUAGUGUGGAAGAGAAAGAGAACAAUACAACGUUGUGACACGCACAGUGAUGGAGUGGUGUUGUUACCCCUGUUUGUUAUAAAAAAUGUUUUUUCAAAAAUAAAAAUAUCCAAAACUUGUA